GGCUUUCCUUUGAAAUAACUCUCAAAUAUGUCUAAACUAAUAUUGAACAGUACCAAUUUCUUGUGUAUAUUAAUCGACUGGAUAUCUACUCAUACUUAUUCUCGUCAGUUCCAUAGUCUUUUCCAUACUACAACACCCAUCACAUCUUUCCAGCUUUUCGCAAGAUUCCAAAUACAACGAAAUCCAGAUCCCAACCAGACACUCCAGCAGCGGCCAGAAUGUCUUCCAGAUUCUGGAGCCACUCACCGUAUGAUGAAGAAGAGAUGAACGAACCAACACAGCAACAACAAUCCUCCAACCGAUCCCGCCAAUCUCGACCAGGACCCUGGGCCUCAGAGCCCUUGUCAAGCGAAGAACGCGUCCGCCGCGCCGACCUCUUCAACGAAGACCGUCAAUCCGAAGCCCGCGCCGCUGGCGAAGCUUAUGACCAAGCCCAAGUCCAAGCCCGCGCCGCUUACGAAGUUUAUAUUCAAGCCCAGUCAGAAACCGGCGCUGCUUGUGAAGCUUACAAGCAAGCCCAAUCCGAAGCCGGCGCUGCUUAUGAAGCUUAUGAUCAAGCUCAAUCCAAAGCCCGCACUGCCCAGGGAGCUUUCAAUCAAGCCCAAUUAGACUUCUACAACGAGACCUGGUACCAAGAGGCCCCUCCAGCUUCAUCCGGAAACCCCGAGUUCUUCCAAGGAAGCACUCAAUCCAAGAGCGCCAAGCAAAAGAAACAGGAAGAGAAAGCCCAAAGAGCCGCCGACAAGAAGCAUCGACAAGAAGCUCGUCGCGCAGCCGAAGAGGAAGCUCGCAAGGAAAAGAAACGCUUCGAAAACAUGACCCCAUGGGAAUACGCUAAGCAAUGGAGCGAAUCUGACCGGGCAGCCUACGGAAACGCAUUCGAUGACUUCUCAGCUUCGGCAACGGCUUUCAUCAAGGAUAAUACUCAGGAAUUUCCUCGACUUAAGAAACACGGUUGCGCACGACAAAACUGCGUUCGGGGAGAGAUUCUCGGGGUUUGUCAUCAUGAAGUUGAGUUGACGCUUAGAGGAAGCGGGGCUUUCGACGAGAACAUGAUGAAGAAGGAGAGAUUGAGAUGGCAUCCGGAUCGAUGGACUGGAAAGGGAGAUUUGCAGACCAAGGCAAAUGAACUCUUCCAGCUCAUUCAAAGAAUCAUCGAUGGUGAUGUUAAUGCAUGAUUGCUUUGCAAUUGUGUGUAAACGGACCAGGGAGUGAGGAUUUGGUGAGAGAAGAGAGAGAAGAGGAGGAUUAGUCGAGCUGGUCUCGCUACUAGAGAAUCGAAGGCAAGUGAGAAGACGAGUAAGAAAUGGCUGAGCUGGUCUCGCUACCCACAUUCCUUUCUAAACUUCCCUUUGUUGAAAGACGAUUUUCAUUGUUUCCUUUAUCAUUUAUCGGAUACCGGUUUCCUUAUUCCCUUUGUCUCCCUAUCAACUAUUAUUAACAAAAACGAUAAAAAAACAUUCAUAUGUCAACAAAAAUCCUGUUCAUGCAAACUGUGACUCUCGAGCCUUGACCUGUUUUAAGAAUAAAGUAAUACCAUGAAAUAAACCGAGUUAGAACCUACCAGGACCCCCGUGCCGCAACAAACCAAAAUCCCUCAAACAUCAACCCCGCAACCCCGCCACCCCACAAGACCCUAGACCUCAUCCUCGAAACCAAAAAAAAAGUGCAGACUUCCAUCCACAACUUUCAGAUUAAUGCUCAACUAAACCAAACUUUACCUAUAUCUAAAACAUAUAACCUCAUACUCCUUUGUCAGCCCUGGAGCCAUUAUAACUCUUGUAUACACACCCAAAACACAACGCAACCCACCCCCAUACGUCCGGCAACCCAAAGCUAUACAUAUGUAUACCUCUCGACCCCAUCUGCACAUCCAUCCAUCUAUUCGUAAGUCUCUUGUAGCUAAAGGCACAACAUGAGAACAUUCUUGUUCCUCGAUAUUGGUAUCAAGGUUUUGGAUUAGUAUUCCACUAUGGAAAUCAAUAAUAUUGCUUAC